CUCUCUGUAGUUUUGACUUUGCAGGUUUCUUUAUGUAGUAAAAAUUAAGUGAAUCCACCUAGAGAGUCUUUAUCACCAUUGCAUUUUCCUUUGCAUUUAUUGCUGCUACCUAGCUUAGCUUCCAGAUUUUGAAUCCCUUCUUCUUCUCUUCCCUUCUUCCCCAUGCCUUGUUUAAUCUGCACACAAAUUCUCCUCCUUUCUUGAUGAUCCCAGCCUAAAAAACUUUUCCCAGUUUUUUUUCUUUGGUUUCUUGAGAAAUCAAGGUCUGGGUAUCUGCAAAAUGGAUGAAAAAUCGUUUCUUUCACCAUUUCAUCAGCCAAUUUUCCUCCCUCCGCCGCCGCCGCCGCUGCGCGGCGGCGGCGGCGGCGGCGGCGGGUUUAGCCUGAACAACAAGGUAAGCCCGAGUAUACUUCUGAUCAUCAUAAUUCUUGCGAUAAUUUUCUUCAUUUCCGGUCUGCUUCACCUGCUGGUUAGAUAUCUUUUAAGGCCUUCAAGUAGAGAUCCAGAUGAGGUUGAUAAUGUCACAGCUCUGCAAGGCCAAUUACAGCAGCUUUUUCACCUCCAUGAUGCUGGGGUGGACCAGUCUUUCAUUGAUACCCUUCCAAUUUUCAACUACAAAGCCAUAAUUGGUCUGAAAAACCAGAACCACUUUGAUUGUGCAGUGUGUUUGUGUGAGUUUGAGGGGGAAGAUAAUCUCAGAUUGCUCCCAAAAUGCAGCCAUGCCUUCCACAUGGAGUGUAUAGACACUUGGCUUUUGUCCCACUCCACUUGCCCUCUCUGCAGGGCUAGCCUCCUCCCUGAUUACUCCAUGGCUUCCCCUAUAGUCCUGGUUCUUGAAUCUGGGAGUGAGAGUUCAAGGGAAAUGGGCCAUCCUGAGAGGGAGGGUAUUUUGGGGAUUUCACAGAGAUGUGGUGAUGAUGAUGGUGAUUUGCAGAAAUCAUGUGAGAUUCUUCAAGAGAAGGGGGAGGGGGAUCAAGAAAAAGUUGUGAAGGUGAAGCUUGGGAAGUUUAGGAAUGUGGAUUCUAGUGGGGAGGGGAGUAGUGAUGGUGGGAUUGAUUCAAGAAGGUGUUUUUCUAUGGGGUCAUUUGCUUAUAUUAUGGAUGAGAAUUCAUCUCUUCAUGUCCCUAUUAGGAUGAAGAAACAGGCCAGCAAGAAGAAGCCACUCACACCAGGCCACAGGGUUGCCCUGUCUGAGUGUGGUGGGUGUGAUUCAAGAAGGGACUUCAAUGGGUUUGAGGCUUUUAGGUUUUCUGAGAUUCAAACUAGUGGUAGUGAUGGGAAUGAGAUCACCACCAACAAGGUAGUUAAAGAAGGUAAAAGAGAGAGCUUUUCAAUUUCCAAGAUUUGGCUCCGGGGAAAUAAGGACAACAACAACCCUAAUUCCGCCGCCACGGAAGGGCGGCGUGCCGUCUCGUUCCGGUUCCCGGCGCACUCGGCCGUGGCGGGUGUGAAGACCAAGAGCGGCGGGGGCGACGGCGGGAGUGGCGCCUCAUUCCGGUUCCCCGCGCACUCGGGCGUGGCGGGCACGAAGACCAAGAGCGGCGGGGGCGGGGGCGACGCCCCCGCCGGGAGUGGUGGUGCAAGUGUUUUCGAGAUUGGCAUUGAUGGGUGGGGUGGUGGGGGGUGUGAUGUGGAAAAUGAUGGCUCCUCCCAUAUUGUGAAUUCUUCAGCAAAUGCACCUUCUUUUGGGAGGAGAACUUUGAUUUGGCUAAUGGGAAGGCAAAACAAGGUUGUGCACUCUACAUUCUCAUCAAAUGUCUAAGAUUAUUAUUCCCCAUUUCCCCCCACAUUUGUUCCCUCAAGUAAUUAGAGUGAAAAGAAAGGGGAAAAAAUUGCACAACAAGUUAGAAAUGUUAAAGGGUGUUUAGAAUACAAAUUAAAAUUUUUUGGGUAUUUGUAUCAAAGUAAUUAUAUUGUUUUUCUCAUUGUUUUC